AGUCUGCUCUGAGUCUGGCUGGUCCGAACCGGUCUCAGGCGGUCUGGACCAGCCAGAGUCUAACGAUAUUCAUGGUUCUGAAUUUAAGGGGACUCCCCACUGCAAAUUUUCAUAAAGAAGCUUAGUAAAAAAAAAAACAACAAAAAAUGGACACCUACAGAGUUUUCGUGUUUGUAGUUGUCUUUUGUGUGGUACAGCAGCCCGUUUCUUGUUGUCACCACGAUGGGUGCGAAAGGAUAUCACAUUCUUUGAAUUUUAACGCAGUCCAAGUUAAUGGCACUGAUAUCAUUUAUGAGAACUUUACUGCUCCGGUCAACAUUACAGUGUAUGAUACUAGUGCUAGUACUGGCCAUGAAACCAAUGCUACUUUCUUUGCGGCAUUCCCAAAUUACUACAAUAAUGCUCAGUGUAUGAUAGUGAGAGCAUUUGAAAAUGACUGCUUGUCCUCGAGCCAGUGUCAGAACCGUAAAGUAAAACUGUCUCAAGGAGGUGGAAAAAGUAGUAUAAAAUUUAUACUACGUAAUUUAACUGUUUCACAAGAUGGAACAAGGAUAGACAUAUGUGCUCACUGUGGUGGGUCAUAUGUCUGCUUCCUUCCAGUCUUUCUAACAGUUAAAGGCCCUCCUGUUAACUUAUCGAACUAUGUAUCAGUAGAGGUGACACCCAAUGGGAUAUUAAUCACUGGGAUCAUUGAUACUGACACCAAACUACUAAUCAUUAUUAAGAAUACUAAUAAUGAAACUGUCUAUGAAGAAAUUGUACAUACUUUACCGUUUGUUGCUAGUGGAAAUAAAAUUGGUAGCAAUUUUGAUCCAGCAGCAAACUACACAGUAGUUAUAACUGGCAAGAACCCUGCCGGUACAGGCGAAACAUUGCAACAUAAUGUUUCGUUUAAAAACUUUAUUUCAUUCAAUGUAAGUAGUGUAAACCUUAGAAUAGUUGAUGAUCAGGCUGAGGCUAUCAUUAACUUAACAUUUAAUCGCUCGCGUCCUUUAUCAAUACCACGACAGAUUAAAGUGGAAUCUGAUUGUAUACAUAAAGGACACAAAGAGUUUAUUCUUAAUAAAUCAAGUAUCUUACAAAUACAGCUUUUAAGAGGGACGAAAAACUGUGUUUAAAAAUUGUCUUCUGGGAGCGAACAGAAAUCAAUGAACAUUAGUGUACAAAUCAUUCAAAAUGUAUUCAUUUCGUCUUGUAAUGGAGGAUAUUUUGAAAUAAAUGCAAAACUAUUGCCCGGAGCAACGGGCGUUAUCAUGAGAGUAUUUGAUUCUCAAAAGAACCUCCUUUCAUUUUCACAAGAAAUAAAGUGUGAUGAUGGAGGCUUAAUCGCUGCUAACAGUUCAGGAAAACUUGAACCAGGCAAUUACACUGUUAAAAUUCAUUAUCUUAAUGGAGAUAGAACUAUUGAUAACUCAUCUACAAAUUACUUCAAUCUCAGUUGUAAUAAUACAGAUGAUGUAUUAACUACUACUGAUCCUCCUUCUACUAAUAUUCCAUUGACUUCAAUAGUAGCAAUAAUAGUGUGCGUUAUAGUGGCAAUACUAGCAGCUAUUGUCAUUGUUAUAGUAAUAGUAGUAUUAAUGAGGAGAAAGUCUAAAAAAAGUGAAUACACUGUUACAUUCUCUGAUAUAAAAGUUAUAAUUGAAGGCUCAGAGGACAAAAAAAGUGAAACUGAAGUGGAUAUACCAGCACCUCACUCUGUACCUGUACGUGAUACAGAAUCACAUUCUGAGAGUCGACCCCAUCCUCCUCAAAAUUAUCCUGAACCCGAAAAUCCCCCAGCUCCUGACACGCCCACUAAUACAGAUGCAUCUAAUAAACCAUUAAUUAGUAAUGGUGGUGGAAGCACUAUGGCUUCUUCAACUAUGACAUCACAACAAAGUACUGGUGUCUCAGAAAAACAGCCUCUAAUCCCAGACUCAAAGCAUGAUGAAAAGGCCAAGUUUGUUACUUCCAAGAUAAAAGUCCCUCCUCAACUUCAUCAACAAAAAGAACCUGAAAACAGUCUUCAGAACCCUCCUUCUAGCAGUACUGUCCUAAUACCCAAGGCUCCAACAAAUAAUCGUCCUGAAGAAAAGACAGUAACACUUGCUCCUCCUGUUUCACGAGUUGUGCCACCUCCUAAUAGUCAGGAUCAAGAAAUAAAUUCGAAUUCUGGAGAGGGUCAGUUAUCGUACAUAAAAUCUGGAGCUACAGGAUCCUCCACUACUUACCGUAGCUUGGCAGCUGGAAACAAAAGUGGGGAUGAGAAGAAGGGACAAUGAAAAAGACAAGAUGUGAUGAAACUGUAUAUUUUAAAACGCUGUAGCUGCUUUUUUAUGCUUAGUUAGUGUGUGUAGUUAUAUAAUGCUGCUUUUGUUAUUAAUUAUAGU